AUGUCGUGGGAGGGCGACGGUCACGAGCGGGUGCUGGUGCCUGUGAGCAACGACGCGUGUAGCAAGGACUCGUUGCGAUGGGCCGUCGCGAAUAAGAUCUCGCAUCCCGACGACCUGCUCGUGCUGCUUCACAUCGUCACCAAAGCGCCGGGUCCGGAUGGGUACGAGGUGGCACAAAGCUCGGUGUCGAAGACGGCGAUCGUGCAGCACGUGCGCACCGCCGUCAUGCCCAUGCUCUCGCAGCUCAAGGCCUCCAUUGACGCCAAGGUGCGCCUGGAGCUGCGCGUGGGCCGCAACGACUCGCGGGACGCGGGCAUCAUGGAGGAGGCGAAGAAGCUGCAGGCCACGUGCCUCGUUCUCGGCACCAAGAACCGCGGAAUGUUCAACAUGCGCGGCAAGCUAUCAGGCAGCACGAGUGCCUUCUGUCUCAAGAACCGCCCCCCCUCACUCUCCAUAAUAGUCGUCUCUAAAGACAAAGUCCUGCUGACCAAGCACGGCGAAUCCACCCCUCCCGACCGCUCCCCUGCUCUCUCCAUGACCGGAAGCCCCCUCCCUGGUACCUCCUCCUCGCCUUCCGUCCCCUCUGCUGGGUCCUCCCCAGGGUACAGCCGCCGGAACAGCGAGAGCCGGAGCGGUGAGAGCCGGUCGGGUGCGGUGCAGGUGGCAUCGGAGAGUGAAGGUGGCGGCGGCGGCGGCGGCGGCGGCGGUGGUGGUGGUGGUGGUGGUGGUGGUGGGAGUGGUAGUUUUGGCAAGGGCAGUUUCGUGCGUGCUGGCUCUUCGCUGUCAGAUCGUUCCGUGGUUUCGGAUGGGAGCAGCAGCAAAGAGGUAACAGCUGAGUGGUUCAUGCCGUGGCCCGGUCACAGCAGCACGGCAGCAGCGGCGCCAGCGGUGGCAGCGGUGGUGGCAGCGGGGUGUUCGGGGUUGCGAGCAGCACAGGGCAUGGUGGCAGCUGCGUCUGCUGUGGCGGGGGUGGAAAAGGCCGGUGGGACGGGAGAAAGUGGAGCAGCGGUGGCGGGAGGAGUGCUGCAGGCGUCCAGUGGGGUGUACUGCCGCGUGUACUCUUAUGAGGAGAUCCAGAGAGCGACGGACAACUUCAGUCCCCAGCUGCUGCUGGGGGAGGGCGGCUGCGGCACCGUCUUUUCUGGGCUGCUGGGCGGCAGCAAGGUGGCUGUGAAGGUGAUAAAGACGGAAGAUGCCACCCGGGCAGCCAAGGAAUUCCAGCGAGAGGUGGAGCUACUGAGUCAGAUCAACCACCCACAUGUGCUCUCCCUGCUGGGGUGCUGUCCGUCGCACCACUGCAUAGUGUACGAGUUCAUGGCCAACGGAACUCUCGAGGAGCGUCUGCUCUGCGCCAACAACUCGCCGCCCCUCCCCUGGUUCGCCCGCCUCCGCAUCGCCGCUGAAGUCGCCUCCGCGCUCCUCGCGCUACACUCGCAACCAAAGCCUAUUAUCCACCUGGAUUUGAAACCCGCGAACGUGCUUUUAGACGAGCGGCUUGUAGCGAAGCUGGCCGACGUGGGGGUCGCGAGGCAGAUGCCGGGGAUGGGGGGAUCGGACCAGGGCUUUAAUGUUACGCACGCGCACACGUCUAUGCCGAUCGGGACCGUUGCUUAUGUCGACCCGGAGUAUCAGCGGACGGGCGAUUUCAGCCCGAAAUCGGAUGUGUAUGCCCUUGGGAUUAUCCUGUUUGAUUUGCUGACCGGGCGGCAGCCGGCUCGGUAUGAGAAAAUAGAGGAUGCUGCAGAUGAAGGGGAUGAGGAGGCGUUGGGGAAGCUUCUGGAUGGAAAGGCAGGAAAAUGGCCUGUUGGGCUGGCGAUGGAGGUUGCGAGGAUUGCAGUGCGGUGCAGUGAGAUGAAGAGGAAAAAGAGGCCUGACCUUGGGGAAGUGGUGAUGCCAGUGCUCAUGAGAGCACAAAAGGAGGCUGUGAUUAUGAUGGAGCGGAUGAUGGCUGGAAUGUGA